UUAUUCUGCGUUUUCUGGUCCGCCCCUUCCCCAUCUUCGCACUCUCCUUUUCUAUCCCCUCAUCAUCACUGCAAAAUCCUCCCCCCAAACCCUAAUCAAACCACUGAACUCGCCGAUUCCCAACCCACCGUCAUGGCGGCUUCCACCACCAGCCAGGUCUACGUUCAGGUCAUCGACGACGUCGUCAACAAGGUUCGCGAUGAGUUCGUCAACAACGCCGGUCCCGGCGACGAAGUCCUCAAGGAGCUUCAAUCUAUUUGGGAAUCGAAGAUGAUUCAAGCUGGUGUGUUUCUUGGUCCAAUAGAAAGGUCUGGCACUGUUAAGCCAGUGCAAGGUGGUCCGAUUACGCCGGUGCAUGAUCUUAAUGUGCCUUAUACUGAGGAGUAUGAAACCCCCACUGCUGAAAUGCUUUUCCCCCCUACCCCGGCACAAACACCUAUUCAAACCCCUUUGCCAGGAACUGUGGAUAGCUCUAUGUAUAACAUUCCUACUGGACCUAGUGAUUACCCAUCUUCUGGGAAUGAUUCUGGAGCCAAUGUGGAGAUUAAAGGUGGAAGACCCGGUCUGUACAUGCAACCUCCUUCUCCAUGGAUGAACCCAAGGCCUUCUCUUGAUGUCAAUGUUGCUUAUGUGGAAGGGCGGGACGAGGCAGACAGAGGAAAUCCCAAUCAACCCCUGACACAGGACUUCUUCACAAUGUCCUCAGGGAAGCGAAAACGUGAUGAAGUUGCUUCUCAAUAUAAUGCUGGUGGAUAUAUACCUCAGCAAGAUGGAGCUGGAGAUGCCAGAUCCCGGAAUUUUGAAAUUGAACUGUAUGGAGGGGGCAUCUCCAUUGGUGCAGGUCACCCUACUUCUAAAGAGAAAAUGCCAGCACAUUUGGAGAGGCCAGCUUCUCGGAUUCCUCAACAUGAUGGACCAAUUCCCUAUGAUGAUGAUGUGCUUUCUACCCCAAAUAUAUAUAAUUAUGGGGGAACGUUCACUGAAGACUACAACAUUGCGAACACACCAGCACCUCCUGAAGUACCAGCCAGUACUCCUGCCCUUGUUGCGCAAAAUGAGGUUGAUGAAGAAGAUGAUGAUGAUGAUGAGCCCCCACUAAAUGAAAAUGAUGAUGAUGAUUUUGAUGAUUUAGAUCAGGGAGAGGAUCAGAAUACACAACAUCUUGUUCUGGCCCAGUUUGACAAAGUGACGCGAACCAAGAGCAGAUGGAAGUGCACACUAAAGGAUGGUAUCAUGCACAUAAACAAUAAGGAUAUUCUCUUCAACAAGGCGAAUGGAGAAUUUGACUUCUGACUUUGUCGGGGACUGGUCUGCCAUUUAGUGGGAGUGCUUUGGUGAAGCAUAAUUCAGACUUGCCAUUGUGUUUCGUAAUCUUUCUUUGAUUAUAAUUGUUAAUUACUAAGUUAAAGCUUGAGGAAGAGGAAAGUCCUUAAUACUUUCUGAGUUUCGACCUUGUUAUAUUGAUGUUGGUGAUGUACAUAAAGGAAAAGUAUGAGCAAAUUUUGGCCUUUACCUGGAUAGGGCACUCUGAGGCAUUUCCUAAAGUUCGCCAUUUGUUUACCUGGAUAGCUAGAGUUUUAUUAGCUCUGUAUACUUGGUCAGUUUGUUUUUCAUUCGGGACCUUAUGAUAUUUUAGAUAGUUUAAAUUA